GAUUGAUUCUUUUGGACAUCUGUUGCUUAGUAGUGCAUGCGAUCUUACACUUCCAUUGUUUCUUCUGAACAAACAAUUCUGUCUGGUGGAUUGGUAAUGUUAUUGCCAACUUCAGGGAUGAAGCCAGGAAUUAGACAUGGGAGGGGCCAAUUAGACAUGAAGGGGGCCAAUUAGACUAGGAAUUAGACUGAACUGCAGUUAACACAUGCUGAUUAGCACUUCAUUAGCUGGAUGGCAACAUCGUUGGGGGUGCCAGGCCCCCUCCAGCCAUGCUGUGGCUUCGCCAUUGACCAACUUGACCUAGGAUUUCUGGGCAUUUUUUUGGCGUAUAUUUUCUUGUGCAUGACUUCAUGUUGACUCAAAUAGUUCCUGAAAAUAACUUGUGUGGAUGCAAUUCUUCAGCACAAAUUUAGAAUCUGCUGUUGACCUAAUAAGAUCAUCCAUUGAACCAUGUUGCCAUUAUUUAUGCCAUGCCAUGACCAUAACGUCAGAUGAAUGACAUGUUGCUUGAAAGCAUAAUUCCAUCACCUUCAAAGAACUGAUUCGUGAUAUCUUGUGUAAUACAUUGAAUACCCACAGUGACUUGAUUUUCAUUUAGGGAGCAGGGGAUUGGCUAAUUAAAAAAAUGAUGUGUCCUAUUACUUCCCAAUUAUACUAUUCUUAGAGAAAGGUCUCUAAAGUUGAACUUGGUUCUUUAUUGCAAAAAAUGGGCCAGCUUCUCCUUUUCACCCUGUUUGGCAGCUCAACUAUUAAAUUCGAUUUUCUUGUGACUUAGUUAACUGCUUUCAGUAGUAGCAUAGCUGUUAUAGUCAUGUCGAGAGAAGAGGAUAUGGUUGGAAUUGCAAAUAUGCACCAUUUACCACUAUUUUUUUUAUUCUUUUAGCACUUCAUACAGAUAAAUGUCAAAUGUUCGUUAAGGAUUUCUUUUCUUUUUUUAUACAGCUAAUAGUAGCAAAUGUCAUUCAUUGUUCAACCUGAGAGCUCCUGAAAUAGCUGCUUACUGUAAGGACUUUAGCUGUUACCAUAAUGCUAUAGUAGGGCAUGGAAAAGAUUGCUUAGAAAAAUAGGUAGAUGCAUGCAUCAUCCUGUUCAUCCUUUCCUUCUUCCUCUUUUUUAUAUGAAAAGUAGAUAAAAAAAAACUACUCCAUUGUUCUUUCCUGGUUACCUCCUUCACUACUUUUCCUUCUCUGCAAGCUCAACUCAUAGGCGUUGCACGUACGGAUAAUGCUAGGCUAUUACUCCUAGCUGUAGUGAGGGCUUCACAGCCCUACACUAUCUUUUCCUCAUCAGAAACACUAUCUUAGAGAAAAGAGGAUACAAAAGCUGGCCGAUGCAUUGAGUGACCCCAUGCAUCAACCUUGUAGUUGGCACCGAAUCCCACUAUCCGAGGCAGCUUCACCAUGACACAUCCAUCUGUUUGCUUCAUCUCCCAUCCCCACCCGGCCACCCCACCUCCCUUUUCUUUUCCUUUUGGUUUGGCUCUUAAAAGUUGCGUAUCUUUGGCUCUUUCCAAGGGAGGGAGGGAGGGUACGUCGAUUAGAGCCUCCCCCAGAAUCACAAUGUGCUACUUCUACUCACUGGUCACCACUGGUUGCAUUUCCUGUUUGGUCUCCAAAAUGAAAUCUGAACCAGUAUGAACGAGAUCUGGAGGCCUUUCUUCCUGUCUAGUGGCUUCUGAUUCCCUGCCUCUGAAACUUCAAAUCCUGCUUACCAUUAAUAAUCUGCUCCCUGUUGUCAUUGAUUCGUGGCGCUUUAACGGGUUGGCAGUGUGAAAUGGAGCUCGGACUAAACGGGUUCAAGAUGUUAGAUGGGGGAAUAAAGCGCAUGCUUGUCCAUGGCGCCUUGCUCACUUAUAGCAUGUUUUUUUAUUGCCAGCAAUUUGGAUGGCUGAGGAAUUAUUCACUGACUCCCUCGUUCGAAAAUCUAAAUGGUACACCUAUGGCACUAAGGCUACUUGUCACACUGAUGAGUGAUGAGAGGAUGCAGUGCCAAGAGCCAGAGGAACGAGCUCGACUCAUCGACUGGUCCCUGGUGUGCCGUCUGCAGUCGUUGCACGGAAUGGCAGUUUGGCCUGGACUGGGAGCAUGGUCGAGACGGACGGUUUCUCCAGAGCUUGGACGCACGCUGCCGGCCUCGCCGUCCCGUGUGUCACGGGUACUUGUGCAGCACCAGCGGAUCAACGUCGCCGGCCCACCCGUCAGCCACACGGCGGAGCCUGGGCCUGGGCCUGGACACCGUGAUGUUAACCUGAUCUGUUCCUGCAGCUCAGCGUGCUUUCUGCUUUGGUAAAAGCGACACGUCCAUACCAGUGGCCGCCGCUGGGCUGCUGCGCUUGAUGUGCCUGUCCUGAGUACAUCGCAAGUCCAGUCUCAGUUCAGUAAUUCCUCCCCACUGCAUCGUGCUUCGUGUAGGGAUGCCAAUUGGUAUAACGGUUACGAGUAGUGAUCGCUCAUACUCGUACCCACUAGUUCUAGUUUGUCUAUGGAUACAUUUGCGAAUAUUCGUGGGCGAAGAGUAGGCAACAAACUUAUCGUGUAUGGGCAUACCUCUGGCUAAUGGAGGGCUGGAAGUUGGGGGUGGCGGUGGAUAGAUUUAAGUCUCUAAGAAGGGGAUCGGGGAGAACUGAGAAUGGGAUUAGGGAUUGGAAUUAGGGGUGGCGGCAAGGUGCUGGAUUAGACGAGUGAUCGGAUGACAUAAUGUACAUGUAUGUUUACCUAUUUUCAUGUUUGUAUAUCAGUCGGACAGUAUUUUUCGCACAUAAA